GUAGCUACACAUGCAAAGGAUCUGCAUUAACUCAGAUGCACUGAAUUCACAUAGUGGAGUUUCACACACCAGAAAUUAAGAGUGUUUUUUUUCCCUUAUUUGGCACAUGUAGAAGCAUCCAAGUGCUGGAAAAUUUCACCCUUCUGUGCUACACAUGUAUAAAAUUGAUGGAUAAGAGUUUCACAUCCCUGUGGGGCUCUCUCACAAAACAGGGUCCAAGCCUAUAUAUAUAUUAGUAGGCACUUCUCAUUUCUCAAGCUUUGAAAUACAAUUCAAACCACCACUUAGAGUUCUGUAGUACUAGCUAGUGUAGUGUGGUUAUUAUAUAGUGAGGCUUUCACUUUGUUUUCUUUUGCUAUUCCCUUCACUCCUAGAAAGUUGAUUGUUUAGGAGGGAAGGAAGGGGCAAUGGAGGGUGAGAAAGAUAGACACCACUUUGGAGCUUCCAAAAGCUUCAAACUUAUGCAGCAUUGGUGUCUUUGCCUCUUCAUCUUCACCUUGAUCACUACUUCUACAAGCCAAAUUGAUUAUGGUGAUGCACUUUCAAAAAGCCUCCUUUACUUUGAAGCACAACGCUCUGGGAGGAUCCCUUACAACCAGCGUGUGACAUGGCGUCACCAUUCUGGCCUCACUGAUGGCCUAGAACAAGGGGUGGACCUGGUUGGAGGGUAUUAUGAUGCAGGUGAUCAUGUGAAGUUUGGUUUGCCAAUGGCAUUCACUGUGACAAUGCUCUCAUGGGGUGCCAUAGAGUAUUGGAAUGAAAUUGCAGAUACAGGUGAACUAGAACACACCAUGGAGGCAAUCAAAUGGGGCACUGAUUACUUCAUCAAAGCCCACACUAGCCCCAAUGUGCUUUGGGCAGAGGUGGGGGAUGGUGACACUGAUCAUUACUGCUGGCAACGCCCAGAAGACAUGACUACUUCAAGGAGAGCAUUUAAGAUAGAUGAGAACAACCCUGGUUCAGAUCUGGCCGGAGAAACUGCAGCAGCUAUGGCAGCUGCCUCCAUUGUGUUCAGGAAGACAAACCCACACUACUCUCACUUACUUUUACACCAUGCUCAGCAGCUAUUUGAGUUUGGGGACAAAUAUAGAGGAAAGUAUGAUGCUAGUGUGGGAGUGGUGAAGAACUACUAUACGUCAGUGAGUGGAUACAUGGAUGAGUUGUUGUGGGCCGCUACAUGGCUGUACAAGGCCACCGACAAGGAAGAGUAUUUGGAGUACAUAAUUUCCAAGGCUCAUGCCUUUGGUGGUGCUGAUUGGUCCAUUUCAGAGUUCAGCUGGGAUGUUAAAUAUGCUGGUCUUCAAGUCAUUGCCUCUAAGUUGUUAAACAAAGCAAAACACAAGAGACAUGGUGAUAUACUUGAACAAUACAGAGCAAAAGCAGAGUACUACAUAUGCUCAUGUCUCAACAAAAACAUCAAUGGCAGCAAUUUGGAAAGAACCCCAGCUGGAUUACUCUAUGUGAGACAGUGGAACAACAUGCAAUAUGUUUCAACAGCAUCAUUUUUACUCACAGUGUACUCUGAUUUUCUUCAAGACACAAAUCAAAAGCUCACAUGCCAUGGGGGCACAGUGGAUCACAAAGAAAUUCUCACUUUGGCUAAAGCCCAGGUUGAUUACAUUUUGGGCUCCAACCCAAUGAACAUGAGCUACUUGGUGGGCUAUGGGCCUAGAUACCCUGAAAAUGUGCAUCAUAGAGGGGCAUCCAUUGUGUCAUACAAGGAGAAUAAAGGGUUCAUUGGGUGUACACAAGGGUAUGAUAUUUGGUACAAUAACCAGGAAUCUAAUCCUAAUGUUCUGGUUGGGGCUUUGGUUGGAGGGCCAGAUUGGCAAGACAAUUUCGAGGAUAAAAGGAGCAAUUAUAUGCAGACUGAGGCUUGCACAUAUAAUACUGCCCCCUUGGUUGGUGUUUUUGCAAAGUUCUUGCAUAUAGAGAAUCAAAAGUUGGUUCAUGAUUGUAAUACAAAUUUGGUUGCUUCCUUUAAAUGAUAUAGUAAAUUAUAAUA